AUGCCUCCUCGAGCUGUGGGUACACAACGCUGCCUCAGACCACGGCAAUGUAUCCACCACACCAAAUCACCCGGCUUUAGCACAUCCUCCCCCUCCCGUGCUCAAAUACCCCCGGAGUCGCCCAAGUUCAUUGAAGUCCCACGCCUCGUCCAACCAAAACAACCCUUCCCCGUACGCAUGAAAGGCGUCCUUCCUCCUCCCAGAGAUAUUUUCCAUCGGCGAAAAGAGGGGAAGAUACCCAGAGCCUCUCCGGAAUACUUCGCCGCUGUCACCCCCGAACCCCUUGAAGAUAAAACCACCAGAUCAGACGACGAAUUCGUGAGCUGGAAAGCCCGUCAAUCGGAGCUACGGCGGCGAAAUCUUCGGGAAGGGUUGGCAGAGCUGCAUCAGAGGAGACAGGAAUCUGAUCGAAGGAGGAGUAUAAUAAGUGCCGCAAAUACCAGGAUUAGAGAAAAGCGUCUUUACGCCCCUGAACGCAAAGAUGUUCGGCUCACCAACCCCUCAGUCCUCUCAACUCAACAGCCAACAAAACACCGCGCGCUUCCUGAUCCCACGCGCCCCGGUCGUCUCGCGGUCAUGAGCCAGAAUGUCGCCGAUAUGGCAGCCAUGCGGGAAGAGGCCCGGAGAAACGCCUUACACACUCUUUACGUCAAUGCUGGUGAUUUCAUUACAACAGGCAAGCAGCUGGACGAGGUGGUUGACAGGGCGUUCGAUGAUAAUAGCCAAUUCAGGACCGAUAGUAGUGAGGGACUAAAUAUUUGGAAUCUGGGAUUCCCGGAGACGGUGCAGGAGUUGUUAGGGAAGGCUAACAAGACUGGGAGGCAGACAGCGUUGGAUAGCGCGGAGGGGAAUGAGAUUACUACCAGGGAGAGGAUGAAGAAGAUUGGUGAGGAACUGACGGGAGGGAAGAUGUUGGAGGAGAGAUGA